CGCGUUCCAACAUAACCAGCGCGGGGGCAGUGGGGGGGAGCAGCCGGUUCUGCAGCGUGAAGAUGGCAGCGGGUUUGUGGCGGAGAGCGGUUUGCCGUGUGUUGGGAGCGGUGAAGAAUCCCAGCCCCGUGUCCAGGAGCCUGUCUGAUGCACGGACAGUAACGUUAAUCCCAGGUGACGGCAUUGGUCCAGAGAUAUCUGAAGCUGUAGUGAAGAUCUUUGACGCUGCUGAAGUUCCCAUUCGUUGGGAGGAGAGGACUGUUACAGCUAUUCAAGCAUCCAGCGGAAAAUGGAUCAUUCCUCCGGAGGCUAAAGAAUCCAUGGAUGCAAACAAGAUUGGAUUGAAAGGGCCCUUAAAGACUCCUAUUGCAGCAGGGCAUCCUUCAAUGAACUUGCUACUUCGCAAGACCUUUGAUCUUUAUGCAAAUGUCCGCCCCUGUGUAUCUAUCGAAGGUUUUAAGACUCCGUAUAGUGGUGUGGAUCUUGUUACAAUUCGAGAAAACACAGAGGGAGAAUACAGUGGCAUAGAACACGUGAUUGUUGAUGGGGUGGUGCAGAGUAUAAAGCUGAUCACAGAGGAUGCCAGCAGGCGCAUCGCAGAGUUUGCAUUUGAGUAUGCAAGGAACAAUCAGAGGAGCACAGUUACAGCCGUGCACAAAGCCAACAUCAUGCGAAUGUCAGAUGGACUUUUCCUGAGAAAAUGUAGAGAGGCAGCAGAAAAUUGUAAAGAUAUCAAGUUUACAGAAAUGUACUUGGAUACAGUCUGUCUUAAUAUGGUGCAGGACCCAUCACAGUUUGAUGUCCUUGUAAUGCCAAACCUCUAUGGUGAUAUUUUAAGUGAUCUUUGUGCUGGACUAAUUGGAGGACUGGGAGUUACACCAAGUGGGAACAUUGGGGCAAAUGGAGUCGCAAUCUUUGAGUCUGUUCAUGGUACUGCACCAGACAUCGCUGGGUUGGAUUUGGCAAAUCCCACAGCCCUCCUGUUAAGUGCUGUAAUGAUGUUGCGACACAUGGAACUCCACAGUCCAGCUAAAAAAAUAGAAGCUGCCUGCUUUGAAACAAUUAAGGAUGGAAAGGUGCUGACCAAAGAUCUUGGAGGCAAUUCUAAAUGCUCUGAGUUCACCAGUGAAAUCUGUCGAAGAGUGCGGGAUCAAGAUUGAGUCACCAUCUUGCAAAACCAACUCCAGCGCACAGAAUCUACCCAUAACUGCUGUGUAAACAACUGCUCUAAAUUGUCAUUUAAAUGUGCUGCAAUUUUGCAUCAUAACUUUCAGUUGAAAUCUAUAAUUUGCUCUCUUUAGUGGCAUUCCAAUUUUUCUAUUUAUUGAGUAUUUUUGUUCAGACCACAGAGUAUUGUCUUUUUUUUUUAAUCGAAAGCUGCUAGUAAGGUUGGGCAUGAGAUUUCAUUGUUCACUGCCAUCCCCUUUAAUUAAAAUUGAUUUCAAAAUGUCGUCUUCCAUUUUGCCAACUCAUUGAAAAGCUGUUUAAAUGUCAUUGCUUUAAAGAUCAAAAGCUGCCUCUAUUCUGCUGUUGAAGAUGGGCUUUUACGUUCAAUUAAGAAAUCAUUGUGCUGCAAACUGACCCUAACCACAAAACUGGCCACACCCCAGAUUGAAUUCAUUACCAUGACGAGUUCUGCUACUUGCGCAUAUUUAAAAAUUAAGAUAGUUUUUUAGGCUCAAGGACACAUUUUAAAAGCUUUUAAAUAUUUUUUAAUUUACCAGAAACUGACUAUUGUACACCAGUGAAUCUAGUAUAAAGUGUUCUGUAUAUUUUUUUAGUCAUUUUCAGUUAUUUAAUAUUGAGUUACUCAAGCCAGGUGGACUGAAUCUGAUUAAAAAUGCUUAUUUUUUGUGAUAAACCCAUUUCUGCUGUAUUAAUAAAGCUGCAAUACACAAAGUUACCACUCUUACAUUAAAAAAUAUUCCUUAUUCUA